AUGCAUAGAAUACCAUUGCCUUUGGUGCCAGACCCUCGUCCCGUGGCCUCUGAAUAUGUCACAAUGUCAAAGGUCAUGUGCCCGCGCAACCUGAUAGAAUGCGAGCUGUUCUUGAAGGUUUUGCAAAAGGAAACUGAUGCAGUGUUUCACGGCUUUUCCGAAAGUGCUCAAAGUUGUCUCAACCUUUCCAAGGAGUGCAUGCGUAUGAAGAAUCCCAUUGUGCUAAAGAAGACUACGCAGAGUUUGGACGAGAUCAUAUGCCGCGCACCCAGCGGCACCACGGCAUACGUAGACGCGAUUUUGGCCCGAAGUGUGCUCUAUAUGAAAACUAACCAGCAUGCGAUCGCCUGCAAUGACUUGAUGUUUUACGAGUCCCUAGAUGAAACUCUCAAGACAACAGAGGGAACUCUAGUCUCGCAGAUCCUUCUUUGCAUAAGCCUCUAUAUGAACCGGGAAUAUCAAGCAUCGAAAGAUAAAUUGAUUUUGCUCAAAGACCUCAUUGAAAAAACGCCGUUGUCUGAAAAAAGUGAAAUUGGACAGUUUCUAUGUCUUAUAACACAAUAUGAGGAGAGAAUCAGCCAAGCUAGGCGUAAUGUUGAGUUUACCGAGAAAGUUGAAAGCAAGGACUUAAUGCCCUUUAAGGGUUUUAAGCUUACUCGGAGAAUACCAUUUGCCAGUCAAGUCUGUGAAUACUUCGAAAAAUACAAAGAGAAGCCCGCCGGGGUGUUCGCCUCAGACGAUAUUCCCAAAGGAGAAAUAGUUCUGGUCGAAAAUCCUGUGCUCUUCCAGUUCAGUGCUCCAUUCCUGAACUGCGAUCUGUGUGGAUUGCACCGGAAGCAGCUGUAUACCUGUGAUAACUGUCGUUUUAAGACCUACUGCUCAAAGUUGUGCAUGGAAUCCGAUGCGGAAGUCCAUCAAUUUGAGUGUUACGGGUAUAAAAUUGGCCUGAUACCUAUGCUAGAGGCUUCGAUACUGUUUCGAUUGUUUCUUCGAUCCGGGGAAUAUAUACUUCCGGCUUUAGUUGACUUUGCGAUGGAAGGAGGAGUUCUCAAUAAUCCCCGCGACGCUUGGACGUUUAUACAGGAGCAUGCCCAGGAAGAGGAUAAGGAAUACAAUCUUAUUGGAGAGUUCCUUGCCACAGCGCCGGACUAUAAACUGCUUACCAAAGAAAAGUAUCAGGAAAUUGUAACCACAGCAUUCCGUCUCUCGGUUUUCAUCUACAACGACCAUGACCUCGCAGAUAAAUACUUUUAUCUGCUGGCUCUUGGCAAAACCGACAUGAUAAAUGUAAUGUCGGCGAUACUUUUACGGCUGGGAGCCCACGUUCUAUUAAAUUCCCAGCGAGCUGAGCUCUACUAUCCGAAACCCGGAGAAGGCAUGAAUGAAACUCAUGAAGAGUUCGCCAAGUGUGGUGCUCUUUCGAUAUCAACUGACCGUAUAAGCGCAAAUGCCUUUAGUUUUUAUGGUGUAAACGCCAUUUCAGAUUUUGUAGACUGCUACAAUAACAUUCAUGAUAGUGUAGAUGAGUUCGAAAGUGAGAUCCAAGAAAAGUCUUCUAAGGAUAGUCCAAUGUUUCAGUUUGCUGAUAGACUUCAGUCGAUAUGCAUUCAAAAAUAUGAAAUUGAUAUUGUUGAAGAUAUCACAACCGCGAAAACCUUACCCACACACCAAGUAGAUGAAAUUUUUGAUAUCUUUAACACAUCAAAACGUUGCCAGUUGCUGACAAGUUUUGCCAAAUAUUUUCACCAAUUCAUUCAUCAGUACUUUAACAAAAUUGAAAAUGCUUUCCAAGUAAAAACCACGUUUUGUGCCACCUUAAAAGCUUUUAAACAGAAUUGUGCGACUGAAAAUGUGAAAGUCUUUUCGCUACCGAAUGGAAAAUUUUUAGGAGUAACUGCAAAAAAUGUUGAUGCCGGCGAGGAAUUUGUUGUAUGCCCCGAUUUUCUAAGGCAUCGCGAUCAGAACCUAUUAUUGGACCUGGCACAAUGCAAAGAUUUAAAUUGUUCGUCCAAUAUUAAUCGUGAAAAAUCAAGUCUCGAGAAGCAGGCUUCACCAGAGUUUUUACGACAUAAUACGGCAUUCAUAUUCGCAAUUAACAACAAAAUUUCAGCUUGGAAGCAGUCUAGACAAGAUGUAAAACUUCAACUAAAUUUGUCCAUUUUAUACGGCACCUACAAUAGUUUUCUUGCUUUGCAUUGCGCCGAAAAGGAUGAGAUACGUUUAAUGGGAGUACUUAAAUUCUCUAUGUUUUUAGCCAUGAAUGGUUUUUUGCAACAUGCCAGUGAUAAUAUAUUGAACUUGGUUGAGUUAAUUGAAUUGGAUGACAUAUACUUUAAAGAUGUCCAAAUCUACAGCCAAGUCUUUCGUGUAAUCAAGCGAAUUAUGGAACAAUACAUUGACAUCAUGAUUGAUUGUCCGGAUGUCGGUCCGGAAUAUCCCAAAAUGGUCAUUGCCAGCUGUUCAUUGAUUUUAAAAAGACUGCAGCUUCAUACCGAAGCUUUAAUUGAUAACGAAGAGGCCUCAUCUUUGUACACUGAGUACAGCACCUAUCACUACAAAUGGAAGACAGUACUAAGCUCCUAUCUUCAAAUGCCGCCAGGUUUAAGGAACUAUUUAACAGACUCCAAGAAGUGAGUUAAUUUGAGAUAACUCUUAUCAUGGAGUUUUUGUUAACGUCUUAUAAGCGUUAUGUUUAACACAAUCCUGUUAAUCCUCACUAUAAUGAAUCCUCAAUAUAAUGAAAUAUGUUAUUUUGUUAUUUUAAUACCAGUAAAUACACAUUCCAGUUAACUUA